GCCAGGCGGCGCUUUAAAAUGAACGUGGAAUCAUGGGACACUCCUCAUGUGACCCCAGCAGUCGAAGAAGUUUCAACAUGGGGUGCUGCUUCAGCAACGAAGAGGACGAACUUUCACCUAAUAAGGAGCCCAAUGAGAGAACACAUCUCCUCCACAACCCAGCCAGCAACACACCAAACAGACCCAUAUCUAGUGAUGACUUCCCAAACCACACACCACCCGGUCCCAAGGGAGACGAACAGUCAGCACUGAACAGAAUCUUACAUCAGACGGCAAAUAAUGUUAUAGAUGUGUCGGCGAUCGACCACCACAGUAUGGAGCAGCACGAAUACAUGGACAGGGCACGACAGUACAGCACGAGGAUAGCAAUAGUGACUGGUAGUUCAGGGGGGAGGUUGAAGAAGAAGACCCCCCUGCCACAAUGUACAGCCACCCCCCAGGCCGUGCUGGCUUCAGACCCCAUCUCACAAGCUGAUGUACAGUUGAUGAACAAAGCUGCUGCGUACGCUGCCAGCGCCGUCUCACAAGUCAGGGUGGAGCAUAAAGAAGACCUGGUCGUGCCAUUUGGAAUCCCAUAAUAUUCUUCCCGUCCAUCAUAUCAGGCAUUGGUUCAUGAAAACACGUCUCCAUACAGUUCAUAAUAGGCACCUUACAUCUGCUUACAACCUGCAACCUUUGCUAUGAACUGUUUUCGGUUUGAUAUUGUUGUCUGUGAAAACUUUUGUACACGUGUUCACCAAGUUAACCCUCCCCUUGCUGACUUGCCAUCGUGCCAUUAACUUACCAAGUCCAUGCACCAAGCAGGUAGAGGGUUAAAGAUUAUUACUUAAGCUUGGAGGUCACUUGGAAAGCAACGUUACAUGUACAGAAAGGUUUGAGUGGAAAUACAUGUAAAAGCAUGACAAUUUUUUAACGAGUGAUGUGUAAAUAAGCAUGAACCAUUGCCACAUUCCAAGAAAUCAACUUUCUUACAACGGUUGGAAAUUCUUAAAUCGGGGGGUAUCAAGGAUUGGAGGCAUUAGAAAGUGCCUCCCUCCACGUACGUUACUUUCAAUGCAAGGCAAGAAUAUUUUGUGACAAUGUUGAGGCUUGGGAGGAUGACCUGAUAGCUAUUUGGAUCAUAGAGGCUUUUCAAACUGUAAAUUUGCUAUCAACAGUGGACUUUGGCGUGAAAAAAGCAGGAGCAAUGUGAAUAUUGUCCUAAAACAAGUACAGCUCUCAGUAAUGCACAUGUAGUAAGAUGGUUGUUUGACAAAAGGGAAUGAAGAUUUUUUGUGUAAGUAUGUGUUAGAGUCUUUGUUGAUGAGGCAAAAUCUAUGUAAUUUCUUGUUUUCCCCCAAAGAUUGAUUCAUAAAAAAUGUUGUUUCAGAUAUUUUGCUGUCAUAUCAUGUACCAGCCCUCCCCACUCUAACUUAUCACUGGCUCUUGAUGUUCUUAGUUGCCAUCAAAUAAUAUGAGAAUAAUUUUCUGUAGUGGUUAAAACACAAGUCAGAGUUUGACUAUAUACAUAUGCUGUAUAUAUAAAUAUAUAUUAUAUGCCUUCCAAAGCUAGUUUGUAUUUAACUGUGCUUGCUUGAAAGCUAUACUCUUAUUGGCUAAUGCUUAUGAAUUAGCUAGGCAAGACAUGUGCUCAUUAGUCUAAUUUUUUCAGGGAGAGCAUUGAAUUUAGAAUUCUUACAUCAACAUUCAAGCCUUUAGAAGGGUAGCAUUGUAGCUGAAAUGUAACUGAAAUUCUCAGUUUUUCCCAAUUUUUCUUACAGAUAAGACUGCAAUUCUUGAUAAUCUCUCCACUUGCUACUACAAUUUUUUCUGGCUUUAAAAUGAAACAAAGGUCACAAUGUAAUUAUCGAAAGUGGGGACAUUUCUCAGCUUUUGUAAGAUGAUGCUCUUCUUAGCACACUGCCCACAGUUAUUUUGCCACUACUGGUCAGAGCUACUUUUGAAGGUAUAUAGCAAAAUAAAAUCAAAACUUCUGUAA